AUGCGUACACCAGAAAGGGAGCAACACAUCUACGAUGGAAGCUGGACUUGCGUCAUCACGCUGGGCGCUAUGGACAAAGUUACGACAGCUACGGCUGCCCUGUAUGGCUUCCGGGCUGACACCGGGUUGACUGGAGAUCGAUAUAGCUGGGUUGGCAGUGCCUUCUACUUUGGCUACCUGGUAUGGUGUCUUCCCAGUGGCAGCCUCCUUCAGCGCUUUCCGAUCGCCAAGCUCAUGUUCGUCGUUCAACUUCUUUGGGGCUGUAUACUCAUUGCGAUUGGCUUCGCAAACAACUUCCCAACUCUCAUUGCACUACGUGUGCUGCUUGGAGCCCUUGAAGCGCCGAUCGUACCGCGCAAUUUCCUUAUCAUCGGCAUGUGGUAUCCUCGACGUGAGCAACCACUUCGAACAGGCCUGAUGUAUACUGGACUCUCAGUAUGCUUCACUGGUCCGAUUGGUUAUGGAAUUGGUUUCCUCGCAGGCGAACACCAAUGGAGUGCCAUGUUUUGGAUUACAGGUGCGAUGACCAUUGUGUGGGCUUGUGUGAUCGGCAUCUUCUUGCCUGACAAUCCCGUCAAAGCGAAGUUUGUUACGGAACGGCAAAAGGCAAUUGUGAUCGACAAAAUCCGGCAAGAUCAGACUGGAGUGGAAAACAAGACGUUCAAGAAGGAACAGAUGAUUGAAGCCUUCCUCGAUCCGAAGACCUGGCUGAUGUUCUUCUUUCACAUUUGGAUUAGCAUUCCGAACGGCGGUCUAAAGAACUUCACGCCUCUUAUCAUCAAAGGCCUCGGUUAUACAUCACAGCGCUCGACGCUCCUCACGAUGCCUACCGGUAUCUUACAAACCGUGGCAUCGUACGUAUGUAACGGUGGGGUCUUCUUGACCGCGAAAUACUUCCCUGCGAAGCAGCUGCGAACUGCUUGGGUCAUGUUUGGUAUCAUCGUUGGCAUGAUAUCCGCAGUCUUCCUCUACGUCUUGCCCCUCGACAACUAUAACGGACGUCUCGCGGCACUAUACUGUUUAUACUUUUACCUUGGUCCAUACAUUGUUUCAUUUGGUAUCAACACGGCAAAUACCGCGGGCCAUACUAAGAAAGUCACAGUCAAUGCGCUGGUCUUCAUCGCCUAUUGUGUUAGCAAUAUUAUCGCUCCACAGUUCUUCAAGGCUGAUCAAGCUCCACUGUACCCACUUGGUAUGGGUGCCGUUCUGGGUAGCUACGUGCUAUCGAUCAUCACCAUCGCCAUGUACGCAACAUACUGUUGGUACGAGAACCGGAGGCGUGAUCGGAUUGAUUCCGACAAGGGUGGGAGAGUGCAUGCAGACACCGACUUCCGCGACCUGACUGAUAAGCAGAAUGUGCAUUUCCGAUACGUAUGGUAG